CAUUUUUGCCUGCUAAGCAUUGGUUCAAUACCACCACACUAAACAAGCUGAGAAAGAGAGCAAAUCGAGCAAAUCAAAACCUAAAAUGGGUGUUUUUGUGAAGAUAAUCGACGCCAUACUCUUCGUAAUGUUCGCCAUAGUGGCGGUGAACGCGGUGCUAAUAGACGUGCAGUUGUGUCUACCUCAAAGCCUCUUCCCAAGCUCGCUGGUGGAGCUCAAGAACUGGUAUGUCAGGGAGUUCGACGAUUAUCUUGGUGAAGAGAAGCCUCAUUUCUUCGUUGGUCUCGUUUGGGUUGAGCUCCUACUGCAGUGGCCCCUUCUCGUUGCCAACUUGUAUGGGAUUUUGGCAGCUAAGCCUUGGUACAGAACCACUUGCUUGCUCUAUGGCGCCUCUUUCUUCACCACCAUGGGCGCUAUUUUACCAGAGCUGUUAUGGUCCGGCAAGGCAUCUAAUACAAUGUUGAUGUUGUACUACCCUGCUGUGGGCUUUGCCGUCCUGGCCAUACUGCGCGGGUUGCUCCCUCCGUCUAACGCCAGUACUUCGACCAGUGACAAAAGAACAACAAAAAGCACCGGCCAACCAAAGUAUCGGAAAGUAACUUAGAACUCAGAUUCUUUAUCAAAAUUUACGUCUUUUAGUCGUACUUAGACUCAGAUUCUGUUACAUCUAUGUACCUUAAAUUCUAAUGUAUUUAUGAGAAAGAAUUGUUAUGAACUAAUAGCAUGUCAAUCAUGCUGUUGGUGUUUAUUUGGGAA